UCGGGAAGGGGCGGGAUCCCCGCGCGUGGGGGGGCGGGGGCCUGAGAGGAGCCGGGCCGGGGUGAUGCCGCGCUGCGAGCUGCUGCUGACACCAUCGGAGUGACCAGAGCCCGGAGAGGCGCAGGGCGAUGCGGAGUCCACCAUGGAGGCCAAAUGGUUUUUGUCCAUCAUUCAGGAUGAGUUUAGAACCGGAAAGAUUAAUUUAGACAAGACAUUGAAAUUACUUAUUAAGCUAAACAUCCCUUUUGAUUAUGUUCAUGUAAAAUAUGUUUUUAAGAAAACAAGUAAUCAGCCGAAGACUGGAACUAUUACUAUAGAAGAAUUCAGGGCAAUUUAUCGAACCCUUGCACACAGAAGUGAAAUACAUGAACUUUUCUGCAGUUAUUCUCCGAACCGCAAAAUUCUACCUGAAAUAAACCUGAUUGAGUUUCUCAGAAAAGAACAAUUUGUAAUUGAUGCUAAUGAAGCAAUUGCCUCUGAACUUAUUGCAAAGUAUGAACCCAUUGAAGAAGUGCAGAGAAAAAAACAGAUGUCGUUUGAAGGAUUUUUAAGAUACAUGAACUCAAAAGACUGUUUGAUAUAUAAAAGAGAACACACAAUUGUUUACCAAAAUAUGAGCUACCCAUUACGUGAUUAUUUUAUUUCGUCUUCUCAUAACACCUACCUCAUAUCUGAUCAACUAAUAGGGCCAAGUCACCUUUGGGGUUAUUCAAGUGCUCUGAUGAAAGGAUGUCGUUGUUUGGAAAUUGAUUGCUGGGAUGGACCACAAAAUGACCCUAUUGUGUAUCAUGGUCACACUUUAACGAGCAAAAUUACAUUUAGAACUGUCAUUGAGGUGAUAGAUAAGUAUGCAUUUGUGGUAUCUGACUAUCCUGUUGUACUGUCUUUGGAGAAUCACUGCAGCCCUAAGCAACAGGAAGUAAUGGCAGACUAUUUAGAAACUAUUCUAGGUGACAAACUUCUUACUACAAUAAUUGGUGAUACGUUUCCUACAGAUCUACCUUCCCCUGAGGAGUUAAAAUUCAAAAUAUUGGUAAAAAAUAAGAAAGUUGGAACACUUGAAGAAACUGUUCUCAGGAGAGGUCUUGAUAGCCAUGGUGAGAUAGGGGAAUUUGUAGAAGAGGUAGAGCAAUCUGAAGAUGAUGAAGCUGAUGAAAGCACUCCUGCACCACCAAAAUCUCCUGUGCUAAAAAGAAGAAAUGCAGUUAAGAGAUCUCCACCACCCCCUCGAAAAAAGCGAAAGAUUAAGAAGGUAAAACUGGCCAUGGAGCUCUCAGAACUUGUGAUUUAUACCAAAGCUGAAAAAUUCAAAAGUUUUGAGCAUUCAAGAGCUAAUCAGAAGUUCUAUGAAAUGAAUUCAAUUGGAGAGGUUAAAGCACGAAAACUUGCCAAACAGACAGCUAAUGAAUUUGUUUUGCAUACUGCCAAAUUUAUUACAAGAAUUUAUCCCAAAGGGACUAGAGCGACCUCUUCUAAUUAUAAUCCUCAAGAAUUCUGGAAUGUAGGAUGCCAGAUGGAUGUGCCCCAGAAUCUUUUGCACCAUUUCCUGGAGAUCUUCAGUGUUGCUGCAAUAGUUCCUGCAGUGGCCUUAAAUUUCCAGACACCUGGACUACAAAUGGAGCUGCAAAAUGGAAAAUUUAUGGACAACGGUUGUUGUGGCUAUCUUCUAAAACCAGAAUUCAUGAGAGAUUCUGCUACGCAGUUUAAUCCAUAUAAUGUAACAGGAAACCAUACUCCAAUAACUCUUUCAAUAAGGCUUAUUAGUGGUUAUCAGUUACCACCUAGUAACCUCUCCAGGACUAAUAAAGCUGAUCCUUUAGUCCAGAUAGAAAUUCAUGGUGUGCCAGAAGAUCAAGUAAAACAACAGACUUGUGUCAUAAAAAGCAAUGCUUUGUGCCCUAGGUGGAAUGAAACUUUUACUUUUAAUGUUCAAGUUCCAGAACUGGCAUUAGUACGCUUUUCUGUGGAAGAUCAGAUAUCGCUAGCUGCAAAUGAGUUCCUGGGCCAAUACACUUUACCACUGCUGUGCAUGAAUAAAGCUACCAUCUAUACCUGGAGGCCAUUCCACUGUUCAGGACCUGUGGAUGCCCUCGGUGGCCCAUGACAUUGCCCCUGGAAAAGUGACCCAGAGCUGAGGUUGAGAGACAUGGACAACAUAUCACCCCAUAUCAGGAAACGUGAUCAUAUGUGCUCUCUUUAGUCUGUUCGCAGAGUCAAAUGCUAGGAUAAGAUUCCUAAUACUGAAAUCCUUAAUUGUUGUUGGAUGUCUGGCAUUCAAAGAAUGCUUAUAAUAGCUCAGCUGCAUUGGUCUGAGCAACUUGUUUGUAUGGCUGACUCAAGAAUACUCAAGGCUAUACUUUAGGGUCAGUUAAAGCAAGGCACCUGCUCUCAUGGUGGUCAGUACAAAUGGUAUAAAGAGAUACCAAAGUUACACUUGAAAGCGUGUCAGGCCUACCCCAGCAACUGGGAAGCAAGAGCCCAUGACAGAGCAAGGUAGCAGCAGAUUUGCCAUGGUGCUGUUAACCGCUUUGAAGCAAGGCACAUCAACACCUUAUGUGAAAAACACAAACAGCACAAAGCAGACAGAUAUAAGGAAACUGUUCUAUCACUGAGAACUGGAAGCAAAAUGGAAGACCAUCAGUGCUUACACUUGAUCUUUGGAUAUGUCCCCGUUUCUUGAUUGUACCAGUUAUUGCAGCUCUCAAAGCUCUAUUGCUAUUUCAGUAAAGGAUCUGGACAAGAAAAACAAGAAAUGCUGGAAGAAGAAUGGUAGCACUCACAAUUUCAUUAUAAGUAGGGUCAGUGCUUUUUGGAACUGCUUUCGUCUUCCUUCUGCUGACUUCAUCAGGAUCUGGUAAAAGAUAAAAUUCAGCAUGUGCAGUUGGGGCAGAGCCAUCUGGGAGAUGCUGUAGAACAAAAGGGUUAUAAAUAUGAAUGUCUGUGUUUCUAUCAAGGAAAACAAAUAGAGAGGUACCAAAUUAAAUCUGGACUUAAAGCA